UUGGCCAGCUCUUUCUAUUGCUGUUCUUACAUAAAUAUUUCUCCAGCUUUUUGUACCAAUGUUUGCUUUUCCGUAGAAAAGACUCCAAGGAAACACCUCGAUUUCACUGUUGUAUGCAGAACGUAAAAAUGAGAUAAGUGCAGCAAUUUAUCCCUUUGCAUUUUCCACACACAUACUUUCACGAGGUCAAUGUGACUGCUUUGCGCAUGUUCAAUUGGUUCUGUUUCCGUAGUUACUGUAAGCGACAUGGUUGACCGCAUUUUGGAAAGUGACAAGUGAUCGAAAAUCAUCGAAUUAUAAUUAUGGAAUCUCAAGAGUAAGAAUAUUCGUACUUUCUAGGCAGCGAAAACUAUUUGGAAUCCGUCGUAGAAGCCUAUUUCAACCUUAGACCGGUUGAGGACGAACCAGAAGAUGACAACUCUUCUGAUUUUAGCAGCGACGAAGAAGGCCAUCAGGACAACAACAUUGACUCUGAUAAUGACUUUGAGUUUGAGUUUUUGGAGGUUGAUUAAUCCGAGCAUGCAAAAGUGGAGGCAUUCAUGAGUGAAGGCUGUGGAUGUAUGCAAGGCGACCAAGGAAAACCAUGCAGCUCUACAAUUCAAACUGAAGACAUAAUCGACUGUCGAAACAACUGUUUUGAACUUUCCUCCACCGAACUUGAUCUCGUAACUUUAGGGACAAUACAUAGCUCCUUGAACUGUGACGAAGUCAGUAAUUCAGGAAGGAUGGAAAAGAAACGGCAGCAAACCAGGAUGCCUUUUUAUUUUCACAACCACAGAAUCUGUUUGAAAACAUUCCUGUUCAUGCAUCACCUUCACAAAACAAGAUUUUACAGUCUCGUCAAACAUUACAGGAAUAAUGGAUUAACUCUUCGCAUUCAUGGGAACAAGAAACGCCUUCCCAGCUCCGCUUUGAGUGCUGAAUCUAUUGAACGGGUCGUGAAGUUUAUAACGAAUGUCGCAGAAGAGCAAGCUCUUUUAUUCCCUGGUCGUGUUCCUGGUUUCAAGAGAAUGGAUGUAAAACUUCUACGAUCUUCUUUAACAAAGCACAAGAUGUGGAAAAUUUAUCAAGACGCUUGCAUUACCGCCAGCCAAGUAGCUGUUGGCUAUUCAAAGUUCUGUGGCUUGUGGAGGCAACUUUGCCCAUUUAUAGUCAUCAUGAGACCAGCAUCAGAUCUCUGUUGGACUUGUCAAAAGAACAGCAAUCAAAUCCACAAAAGUGCCAAUUUACCAGAGUUCCCAAAGGCAGAAGUUGUUAGACAACAAGAGCGACACUUACUUCUGGUUGAAGGCAAAAGGGAACUUUACAAAUACUGUUGUAAAACCACCAAGGAUGCUCUCACUGAGCACCUCAAAAGCGUUGAUUUUACAGAGAAACAUGCACCAUGCAGUCUUGAUGAAACAGUGCAUUAUCUGUAUGAUUAUGCCCAGCAGCUUCACUAUCCUUCUGACCCUUAC